AUCCUAAGAAGGAAAGAGGGCAUACCGAGCCCACAGACCCUUACGCUCUCUCCCUUGACCAAUCUUUUCUUCUUCCACACCUCAUUUUUAGCACCGACUUUCCCGCUUCUUCGAACACUACGGCACACGCACUGUCUCCGAGACACCAACCUAAAAAAAAGCAACAAAGGAAAGCACGUGCACGCAUCUCUUCAACUCUAG